GUUGGUUGGUGACAGCUCCCGGCGGAUGCGCGCUGGGACAAGAUGAUAAGGAUAUGGGCCUUGCUGAUCUGUGCCCAGGCCAGAGAUGCGCGACAGCACCGGCUCUUGCGCUCAGAGGACCUGCCGGUAUCCUUAGCCAGGGACGAUGAGCCCUACCAGAUGCGGACCUAUGCGGCGGUGACGGACUCCGGAGGUGUGGACUGCUCCUGGAGCGAUUGGAGCGCCUGGUCCUUUUGCUCCACGAGCUGCGGCGAGGGCACGAAGAACCGGAAGCGCUGGAUCGCGGUGCGGGAGCAGGGCGCGGGCGCGGCCUGCGAGGGUUCGGCAGAGCAGUCGGAGGCCUGCGAAGGCGCUGGGAACUGCCCGCUGGACUGCGCCUGGGAGCCCUGGCAGGACUGGUCCCAGUGCACCGCCAGCUGCCAAGGUGGCCAGAAGCAGCGGACCCGGGCGGUGGCGCACUUCAACAACACCAUGGGCAAACCCUGCGACAUGGCCGAGGGCCAGCAGGAGGAGGAGUGCAACGUGGGCAGCUGCAACCAGCUCAGCUGCUGGUCCGACUGGACCGUGUGCAGCCAGACCUGCGGUGGUGGCAUCCGCGCGCGGCGCAACAAGGCUCAUUGCGAGCCCCAGAGUGAGGAGGAGCUGUGCAAUGUGGAGGCCUGCAAGGCGACGCCCAGCAAUGCGACGCCCAGCGAGGCGGCGUGCGUGUGGGGCGACUGGGGCAGUUGGAGCAGCUGCGCUAUGGAAGUCUCGUCCUCCUGCGGCGUCAGCCGCUCCCUGCGGAUGCAGAAGCACGGCAAGUGCAGCGGCCCAGCCUUGCGGGAGCGCUCCUGUGGCACCUGCGACUGUUUCGAGCAGUGGCAGAGCUGGCAGGCCUGCUCCGCAUUGUGCGGCGGUGGGCUGCGUACACGUCUCCGCACCAUCCGCAACGGCACGGACUGCCACGGGCCGCUGCGGGAGAACGUGCCCUGCAACGAGCAAGGCUGCAGCUGCGAGUUGACGGACUGGACAGGCUGGAGUCCUUGCAGCGGCCCCUGCCAGGACUCCAAGGCUGUCUCGGUCCGCACACGCGAGCCUGUCACUCCAGGGGGGGAUUGCAACGCCAGCAUGCGGGAGGAGAUGUCCUGUGACUGCGUCGAGGCCGAGCUUGCGAAGAGCACCACCAAACCCAUGGAGGCAGUGGAUUGCGUGUGGGCGAACUGGCAAGACUGGGAGGUCUGCUCUGCGAGCUGCGGGAUGGGUAAAACCCGCCGGACACGGGCGCUGGCGCUGGCGAAGAACCAAUUCGGUAGAGACUGCGAAGGGGAAGAUCGGCAGACGCGAGAAUGCAAGGGCGAUCCUUGUCCCAGCUGCGAGACUUCUGACUGGAGUCAGUGGUCUGCGUGCACGGGGCCCUGCGAGUUCUCCACCAGCCGGUCCAUCCGCAGCCGGGAGCCGCUGCAGCAAGGGGACUGCGACAAAAGCCUCGAGGAGGAGCGCGCCUGCAGCUGCGGCAAGGCUGUCACCUCUGGCACUGACGCUUCAUCCCAGGAGAGCUCUGAGGAUGCCUCCACUCCGACCGGUGCGGACGAGGUGGCGGUCAACUGCGAGUGGGAUGUGUGGCGAGACUGGGAGGCCUGUACAAAGAGCUGCAACUUGGGCAUCACCCACCGCACCCGGGACAUUCGCAUUCAGGCGAACUCGCUGGGGGACGAGUGCUAUGGCGAGACCAGGCAAACCCGGAACUGCAACGA